AUGUUUCGAGUAGCGCGGCCCGCAGUCCACGCUGCGAUGCGCGCGACGUCGGUGCGUGCACUGCACCAGCUUCCGCCGAUGCCCGAGGCCCUGGCUGAGGGAUGCGAGCCGUUUCUGUCGAAGCGCACGACGCACUUGCUGUGGACGCAGUGGCAGGCGGGUCUGCUGCAGCGUCUCAACGAAGAGGUCCGGGGCACGCCUCGCGCGACCGAGUCGGUGGUCGAGACGGUCAUGAAUGCGGCUCAUGACCGCGACAGCAUACUUGCGUUCAACUAUGCAUCGCUCGCGCUGAACACGAGCUUCUUUCUUUCGUGCCUCGUGCCGCACGCCGCUCAAAAGCAGCCGGCGUACCCGCAGCCCUCGACGCAUAUCGGCGCCGUGCCCACGCUGUUUGGCAAGACGCUCGCGACGGCCAUCUCGGACCAAUUUGGAUCGCUGCCGCAGCUCAAGCUGGCCAUGUCGUCGGCGGCCAUGGGCAUGGUCUCGAGUGGCUGGGUGUGGCUCGUCAAAGACGAGCACGGCCGUCUGGGCAUCGUGCCGACGUACGGCGCCGGCACCGUGCUCGUGCAGCAGCGCCGCCAGUGCGGCCCUAAGGACCUCGUGACAGCCGUGCAGGACGGCGAGGCGCAGGCCGAGGCGCCGGCCGCCCCCGACGCACCCACGCGGCCUCCCCGCUUCGACGCCCUGUCGCGCGCCUCGGGAGCCGACGCGAUCGGGCAGCAUCUAUACCCACUGCUGUGUGUGAGCAUGUACGAACACGCAUGGCUCGGCGACUAUGGGUUCUGGGGCAAGGAGCGCUAUAUGACGCACUUUUGGGACUGCGUCAACUGGGAGCGCGUCGAGCGCCUGUGGGGCGACGAUCGUACAUAG